GUACGUGAAAGUUCGGGGCGUGACGUGAUGACGUAUGGAGCUGUUCUGAUGAAUGAAACCAUGGAUGAAACCGACCAGAAUCACCAUCAGCAAACGCGAUUAUGAUGCCUUAUCUAUCACUUUCACUGUAUAUUUAUUAUUAGAAGUGUUUUAAUUUACAGAUAUAUAUUUUUUUGUGGCGUUUUGGCUUGAAUGGCGGUUGUCGGUGCCAUCCACACAAGGACAGCUGCGGAGAUGGAACAAGUCCUCCUCGUGUUUGUGUCCUUAAAAACAUCAGAGGUGAAUGAUUUUUGUGAAACAUGAAGCCUGUGUUUUUUGUAAUGAGACUUCAGACACCGCUUUUUGUACGUGCACUGAUUUAAUGGCGAAUCAGACACCAGGAAAUCAACGAACUGGAUUUAUAAACGUCAACGGACUCACUGCUCUGCAGGAAUAGACGACGACGUGUUAUAUCUGAAUAUGUAGCCUGUUUUCCCUGCUCUUUUUUUUGUCUUUUUUCUCGGUUUGGACAGUGGACACAGCUGCAGAGAGGACAGAUUGUGUGUACAGCAAGUGUGGAGACAUGAUUAUGGACGGAGAGGCGAGGGAUCACUCUUUAAAACGCUGAUUGCUUUAUUUUUUAAGCUUGGAUGCUCUGUGCAAACAACUUUUGCAUCUCGGAAUGGCCAAACAUCUCAAUCAUCCUGCAUCUAGAGCCGCCCCGUCCAGUUAAUCCUCAAAUGUGAAUAACUGUAGUAGGAUUUAAGCUAACUGCUGCUAGCGCCUUGUCCUCACACACACUCACACACACUCACACAUAACCACACACACACAGCAGCUUGGACCAAACAAAUCUGUUAUUUUAUUCUGCAAAGGUCGGACGGGACAACGAUUGAGCAUGUCGGACUGAAAAGACCCCCCCAGUGGCUCUUGAGAAGUCACUGAAGCGCAGGGUUUAGUGGCUGACAGGGGAUCAAAAGCUGAAGCAAGCCUCCACCCGCUUCACACCGCCCUCAAGAGGAUCUUUUUCUUCUCUGUUAGCUUUCAUAUUCUGCAAAAUGGGAGAGCAACCUAUCUUCAGUACAAGGGCCCACGUCUUCCAAAUUGACCCCAGCACUAAAAAAAACUGGGUUCCCACAAGUAAACACGCUGUUACCGUCUCCUAUUUCUUUGACAGUACAAGGAAUGUGUAUCGAAUCAUCAGUCUGGAAGGGUCUAAGGCCAUUAUUAACAGCACCAUCACACCAAACAUGACUUUCACAAAGACUUCUCAGAAGUUUGGACAGUGGGCGGACAGCCGGGCAAACACCGUGUACGGUCUGGGGUUUUCAUCAGAGAGCCACCUGGUCAAGUUUGCCGAGAAGUUUGCAGAGUUUAAGGAAGCCGCACGGUUAGCCAAAGAGAAGUCUCACGAGAAGACUGAGCUAACCAGCACUCCCUCCCAGGAGUCGGCUCCAGGUGAAACUUUACAGCCGCCUUUGACCCCAGAGACUAUAAAUGGUACAAAUGAGGACAGAGCUUCACCUGAAACACAACAUGUAGAAAGCAGGGCAGAGCCUACCCAAAAUGCAUUGCCCUUUUCUCACAGUUCAUCCAGCAUCAGUAAGCACUGGGAGGCUGAGCUCGCAGCUCUCAAAGGGAACAAUGCUAAAUUAACAGCAGCGUUACUGGAAUCCACAGCCAACGUAAAACAGUGGAAACAACAGCUAGCGGCGUAUCAGGAAGAGGCAGAGAGGCUGCACAAACGGGUGACUGAGUUGGAAUGUGUCAGUGGUCAAACCACUGCGAUCAAAACUCAGAAAACAGAGCUCAAUAAAACGAUAGAGGAGCUAGAAUUGGCUUUGAAGUACAAGGAGGAGGAGCUGGAGAGGCUCAAAGCUGAAGUUGAGAGUACUAAUGUCUUUCAUUCCCAAAAAGACUCCCUCACACAGAAAUUACAGGACACAGAGAGCCGUAACCAGGCCCUGGAGGCCCACCUGAGUGAGCUGGAGCAGCGUUUGGAGAGCACACAGAUGGAGAGAGAAGCCUUUCAGAAGAGCCUGUGCUCUCUGCUCCAGCUGCUGGACACCAAAAUAUUUGAGCUGACAGAGCUGCGAGACUCACUGGCCAAGCUCAUUGAGACUAGCUAGAGACCAUCUGUACUGUAUGUGCACUUCUUUCACAUGAAGGGAAUCUGUCACUGCUGCCACCUUUCACCAUGCCUUGGCAUUGCAGCAUAAAAGAAGUCACCUGCGCCCUCUACUGCAUGCUGGAAGCCACAGCACCACACCACUGCACAGCACAGAUCUACCAUUACAAUGCUUCAUUUUGACUUUGCCUCUGCAAACUCAAAAGUCACACAGUUUGAAAAGAUAUUGUAUUAAUUUAAUUCUGCUCACCAAUGACCAAUUAGUGGGCAUGAAUUUCAAGAAAUAACCUUUUACACAUUUUACACAUUAUGUUGCACGCUAAACAUUUGAUUUAAAUCUAAAGCUAGACAGCGGAUGCUCCCGACCUUUCCUCCUUUCUACAUGUUGCUCCCCUUCAGUAAAUGACACUCAUGCAUCAAAGAAUUCAAAGAACUACUAAAUCUACUGUUGGGGACAAUGUCUACUUUUGUUUUACAAAUAUAUUAGCAAUACUUAAUGGGUGCACUGGAGUUGUUAUUUUUGGUAUCACCUUUUUUGUUUUAAUCAGUGAGACCUUAUAUGAAAUCUGACUUGAGCAAAAAAAAAGUUAUUUUACGAGUCUUAUUUUGAAAUUUUGAAAUAUUUAAUGAUUUUUAACAAAUAUUGGAAUGCACUUGUACAUGUGUGACUCUUUGUUUUUCCUAUUAUUUUUGUUGCAACUUGAAUGACAAUAAUUGACUCCUUUUUGAAUUUUUGCCAUAACCAAAUAGCUCAAGUUGUCACAAACAUUAACGUAACUUCUGGUACAAAGGUGUUUAAUUAUGUUUUAUAUAGAUUGCAAUAUUUAAAAUAUUUAGCAAUGGAAUCAGCAGGUGGUUGCAGGUUAAAAUGCAUAUUAUUUUGCCAAAUAAUGUUGUCAUGUACAGAUUUGCAUACUGCUGUUGUUGCCUUGGUACAGACAUGCAUCAAUGGUAGCUAACUGAGAUACUUUUCUUGGAAUUUACAAUUGCCAAAAAUGUCACUAAUGUUCAACAAACUAGUUUGUCUACCUGGAAAAAAAAAACAC